UCGGCCUGUUUCCUGGCCCUGUGUAUUUCCUGGUGUACUCUGACUUGAAGCUUUGCUGAUUGCUGGAUAAAUAGCUGGAAAUGAUCUUCUAAAACAGGGGCUAUGAUGUUUGUUAGCCGGACGCCUGCUCCUUUAUUGGUGGUCAUACUGAUACAUAUAUACACCGUUACAGCAAAGCUGCCACAACCACACAAUGUAAAAGUCCAUGGUGUGAACACUCGGUACAUCUUGAAAUGGGAUUGGGAGUGGGACCAGCAGCAGGCUAACAAGAGCAUCAGAUUCACUGUUCAGUACUUACCUAGUUAUAUAUAUGAAAUGAAAGGUAAAAGGGUAUGGCGAAUGGUGUGUGGCAAAAUCCCAGGAACACAGUGUGACUUUUCAGAGAAGGUUAACUAUUUUGGAAUGUUCAAUCUGCGCCUAAGAGCGAAAAGUGGACGGGAAACUUCCCCCUGGGUCAACAUAGAGUUCUGUGCAGAGAAAGAUGCUGACCUGGGUCCUCCAUCCAAAGUCGGAGUCAUAUCCAAAAAUGGAAUGCUGGAAGUUAACAUAGCCGAUCCAAUGGCUUCUGAAAACAAGUCGAUGCGCGAGCUCCAGAAAAUUAAGUUUUUGAUAGUUUAUUGGAAAAAUACAUCUGGUGCAAAGAACGUAAGCCUUAUUGAAGAGAAAAAUGUGGCUAUACUUACAGAUCUUGAACCCUGGACAGUGUACUGUGUGCAGGUUCAGUCCCUUAGUGAUUAUUAUGAAAAGAAAAGCCUUUUCAGCCCUGUCUUAUGCGCCCAAACAACAGAUGAUGGCCAAACUCCAUUGUGGUUGAUCUUCUUAAUCUUCUUUUUGACACUGGCGUUGAGCUUUGGAGGUACUCUGCUCUGCUCCUUCAUUGUGUUCCAGACCUACAGAGUUAUCAAAUACACGUUCUUCCCUUUCUACCAGCUUCCUGCCAACAUACAAGAGUGUCUGAAUGAGUUCACCCCGAGGGCCCAGUACCUUGUGCUGCUUUCAAAAGACAAAGAGAUGGAGCUUUGCUGUGAGAAGGUGGACAUUGUUUCCGAAGUGACCCAUGAACACUCUCUCGUUAGUGAGAGGGCUUUGGAGAUGGACCCUGUCAAUCACUGCCGGCAAAAUAGCGGGGACUCUGGAGUUUACUCCAGUGCGAACAGCUCUGCUGGAGAGGAAUGAGGUCGUUGUGGACAGUUUUUCGAAAAAAGACAAUGAAGGGUUACCCCAGGAAUAAUAGCACACAUACAAAUAGUGGCCAAAAAUGAUUGCACAAUUUAUUUUAUUUGUCUUUUUUUUUAAUAAACAGAAAGUAUGUGCUGGCUUAUACUGCUGUUGAGGUACACCCAGGCAAAUCCACACUUAUUCAAACCUGCAGUACUUGUAAAGUGGACUGAGAACUUCAUAGAUUCCUU